AGCAUCACUGUUUUAGGGAAGUCCUGCUGGUGACUUUUUGGUAAUUAUUUGCAUAUAAUUUCUUUUCUUUCGAAAAGAUAACAGAAUUAAAGUCUCGCUCCUUUGGAACACAAAAUGCCCAAAAAGAAAACAGGCGCCCGAAAAAAGGCCGAGAGUCGUAAAGAGAGAGAAAAACAGAUUCGAGCGAACCGAGAACACGUCGAUGUGGCCAAACAUCCCUGUAACUUUAACAUGGAGUGUGACAAAUGCCAAAGAAAACAGAAGAACAGAGCUUUCUGCUACUUCUGUGGAUCCGUGCAGAAACUCCCCGUCUGUGGUCAGUGUGGUGCACAGGCCUGUUACUGUGACGAGCACGCAAAGAGCAAAGUUUUCAAGCAGGAAAAAGGCAAAGCACUGCCAUGUCCCAAGUGUGGCCAUGAGACACAGGAGACAAAAGACCUCAGCAUGUCCACUCGCACGUUGAAGUUUGGACGGCAGAGUUGUGCUGAUGAAGAGGCUUAUGGAGCAUCAGGAUACGAUUCCUACUGGACAAAUGCAUCAGCUGCAGGUGGAGAGCAAGACUACGACUAUGGAGAAGACGAUUACUACGAGGAGGAAGAGGAGGAGGAAGAAGAAGAAGAGGAAGAAGAAGAGGAGGAGGAGGAGGAAACAGGGGAAGAGAAAACUGGAGCUGAUUCUGUGGCUGGUCUUAAACUGGGCUGAACUACCUGAAGUUGGAUAGAAAGUCCACAAGCAUAAUAGUUGUGGUCCUCAAUGGAUAAAAGUCAUCUGUUAAUAAGGAAGUUGUUGUGCACACUUACUG